AUGGCGGCGCACAUGCCAGCUGGCGGGGGACACGUGCUCGGGGCGCCCGGUCGUGGCCUCUGGGGGUCCUGGGGCGGAGGAGGGAUGGGGAAGGAGGUGGGGGAUCUCCUCGCCCUAUAUUUCAAUUCGCUCUUCUAUAAUGAGCACUUCCAGAAUGGGGAUAGGUGGGGAUACGGUCUGGAAAUCAUCCUCACGCCGGUGUUCCUCUUCAUCAAUUGCUUCAGUCGGUCUCUCGGAUGGUUGUUUGUAGGUGGGGUUGUGUUCUUCACUGGUUUCGUGAUAUUUAUUGCUCACUGGAUCGGUAUCCCUUAUUACUGGGAGAAGAGUCCAGUACUCUGCAUUUCCCUAAUCAUUCUUGGAUAUUGGCUGAUGAUCAAUAUCAUUUUCCAUUUCACCAUGGGUGUCCUUGUAUCACCUGGAUAUCCUCCAUGUCUUUUAGAACUGUCCUUUCCAUAUGCUUUCCUUGCACCUGCUGAUGCUGUUUCCAAUUCCUCCUGUUUUUUCCAGGAUGCUGCUGUUCCAGAAGUAUCAGCUAUUUGCAAGAAAUGCAUUGCACCAAAGCCUCCACGUACUCAUCAUUGCUCAGUGUGUAACAGAUGCAUUUUGAAAAUGGAUCAUCACUGCCCAUGGCUGAACAACUGUGUUGGUCACUAUAACCAUCGUUACUUCUACCUCUACAUGGUCUACAUGUGUCUGGGUUGUGUGUUCAUCUUGGUGUUUGGCUUUCGCAUCCUCAUGGAGCAGGCCUUCUGCAGUUUUAAAGGGGAUAGGCAGGAUGGGGAGAAAGAAGGUGCACGAAAGGGAUUCCUCCAAUCCAUCUUUGUGAGUCAUGAAAUUUUGGUUUGUUUCAAUAGGAUGUGCCAUCAUUUUAGGACUAUUCUCUUGUUCAUUCUACAGAUUGGACUUUUUGGGCUUGAACUAAAUACUCAUGAUCAUCGUGCUGAUCUCCUCCUCUCCACUGCUUCUUUAUGUUUGGGAACCUUGGUGAUUCUAGGAUUUCUUGCCUACUCGCAUGGACGUCAGAUCUCAAGAGGAGAGACUUCCAUUGAAGCUCACAUCAACAAACAGAUGAGGAAGCAAUUUGAAACUGCUGGCUUGAAGGAAUUGGAAAAUGUUGCUGGGUCUGUCAUCAAGCAGAGUGAAAGCCCUUCAUCAGAAGCUCGAGAGACCACAGUAAUUGUCCACUAUGCAACUGGCAAAUCAACAAAAGAGGUAUCACAGCUGACCCAAGUCCCAGUGGAUGUUGUGAAAAAGCUUGUGCCCAAAAGGCAGCCAUACACCCAGAGGAGAUAUGGUCAGAAAGGAAAAUGGAUGGAAUGCCCAUUCUGCAAUGAGUCAGUGAAGCCCAUUCUUGUCCAGCAGCACAUGCGUCGUCACAUCUUCCCGUGGUCUUGCGGCCAUUGCGGCCAGGGUUUCCCCCUGCAGAAAUCUGUGACAGCUCAUCACAGGGACAUGCACCCCGGUCUGGAUUCGUUCUUCAUCCAAGACCAACAGGAGCCGGUGAACGUGCUGCGGACAUUCUACCGAUAUCAGGGCAUGGAGGAAUUCACAUUUCUUGGUGUCACGUACAAGUGCUCACAGACGACAGACCUGUUGCCCAGGAGGAAGAAGAAGAAGCAGCUUUUGGCUGGGUCUCCAUCGACCAUAACAGAUGUGAUUUCUUCCGCUGUGGGACCGAAUGAGCUUGAGAACCUAUCUGCAGUGACAGUAGCUGAUAGUCAGGAGGACUAG